CAAAACAUGAUGUCCUCUGUUUCAGUUGUUGUCGAAGAACGGAAAACGCCGGUUGCAAAUCACCGUGUUGUGCCACGAAACAGCAAGUUGAGGAACAUACAAAGCAAAAAUUCAAACGAAAUUGAUGUCACGUUUUCAACCGAUAAAACAAAUAGUGUGCGUGAAGCAAGUGAAAGCAAACAAGCAAUAGAAAAAAAACCAACACACACCCACAAGUUCUUGUUGGUUCGAUUUCAAAGUGACCGUUUUUUCUCGAGUGAACAAAAAUCGCGAUGGGUUUGCUGCUAGCCAUUGGCAUCCCCGUGGGGAUCCUGUUGGCCAUCUUCUUCUUCAUGAAAUCGUCCAAGGAAAUGCCGAAAAAUUGGUCCCAGUUUGUGUGCGAGGUGCGGAUGCAGAUCUGCGGCUUCCAGGGUCUGCUGGACGAUUUCAUUAUGCGUUCGCGGAAUAAAGUCGAGCUCUACAAACAGCCGGGAAAGAUCGCUCUCAUCACCGGCGGAAACCGGGGCAUCGGGCUUCGAAUCGUUAAGAAGCUGGUCGAGUGCGAAAUCGAAGUCAUUCUCGGAGUCCGCAAUCCGAUCGAUUCGCGGAAGGCGGUCGAAAAGUACCUGGAGCACGCCAAGAUUCCACUUUCCAGCUGCAAACUGCACUACGAGCAGCUCGACAUCGGCAACAUGAAGUCGGUGCGCGAAUUCGCCGGCAAGAUUGCGGCCAAGUUUGACAAGAUCCAUCUGCUCAUCAAUAAUGCCGGCGUGAUGAGCGUCCCGUUCAAGCUGACCGACGAUGGAUUCGAGUCGCACAUGGCCAUCAACUACUACGGGCACUUCCUGCUGACGCACCUCCUUCUGCCCCAGCUGAAGGCCGCCGGAACGCCGGAGUGUAAAUCGCGCGUCGUUAACGUUUCCUCCUGCGUGCACAAGAUCGGCGAGAUGGAUUACAAUGACAUCAACAAAGAGAAAAACUACUACCCAGCGGACGCGUACAACCAGAGCAAGCUGGCCCAGGUCCUGUUUGCGAAGCACAUCAACUUGGUGUUCGAGGAGGAGGGUUUUCCGGUGCUCGCGAACUCGCUACACCCGGGCGUCGUCAAUACGGACCUGUUCGAGCACUCCAGCACCAACUACAUCCCCUGGGUUCGGGCGCUCCUGUUCAAGAGUCCCGAGGAGGGCUCGCGAACCGUCGUGUACGCCGCCAUCUCGCCAAACCUGGAGACCCGGGGUGGCUGCUACCUGAGCAACUGCCGGGAGGCGGGAACCCAUCGUCACUGGAAGAACUCGGUACAGUGUGAGAAACUAUUCCGCUUAACCUGUGAUAAGCUCGGCGUCACCGAUUACUUCUACCAGCAGAAGUGAGCCGCCGGUUUCACACUUCCUUCCGCUUUUUCGUCGGAGAAAGUUCUAUAAAAGGGUAUAAUUGUGCCGACGGGCCAUUUUUCUCUCCAUUCGUCCAUAUGUUUCAUCUUCAAAUCGCCUUGUGCGAGGGUUGAUUAUCACGAUUCCAUUUAACUUCUCUUCGGGAGGAUGAAAUAUACCAUAAGCGAGUUGU